CAUUGCUGUAUACGUUGCUGUAUGAGUUGCUGUAAAUGUUGCUGUAUACGUUGCUGUACGUUGCUGUAUACGUUGCUGUACAGUUUCUCUCUGUGUGUUUAAGGAAACAUGGGACGAGCACCUGAGCUCGACCUCAACACCUCCGUCUGGCCCCACCCCUGCAUUAACGCCUCCUGUCAGCCUCCAAUCAGAGCAGAGUGUCCGUACUGCGUGGCUCAACUGAUCCUUAUCGCCAUGGUAACCACCUCCCUCAGUGCCGUCACCGUCAUUGGCAACACGCUGGUGAUCCUGUCCAUCGUGGUUAACCGUCACCUGCGGACCGUCAACAACUACUUCCUGUUGAGCCUGGCGGUGGCUGACCUGAUCAUCGGCCUGGUCUCCAUGAACCUGUACGCGCUCUACCUGCUGUGGGGCCACUGGCCCCUGGGGGCCACCGUCUGCGACAUGUGGCUGGUUAUGGACCACGUGGUGAGCAACGCCUCCGUCAUGAACCUGCUGAUCAUCAGUCUGGAUCGGUACCUCUGUAUGACGCGGCCGCUCAGCUACCCAGCGUGGCGGACCGGCAGGAUGGCCGGUCUGAUGAUCGGAGCCGCCUGGCUGCUGUCCUUCGUCCUCUGGGCCCCCGCCAUCCUCAGCUGGCAGACCAUCGGUGGCAAACGAGUCAUCCUUGAUGGAGAGUGUUACAUCCAGCUCCUCGCCAGCCCUGCUGUCACUUUAGGGACGACUCUUUUGUCUUUUUACCUGCCGGCGCUCGUCAUGAUCAUUCUGUACAGCCGCCUGUCCGCCGCCAGCCGCAGUCGACUGGGAGUGCUCCGGUCGGAGCGAGGCACGCUCAGAACAUCCAGUCCGUCUGUGAAAGACUUUCUCUUGAAGCGCCGGAGCCUUGUCACCAGUGAACUCGGCUCAGACGUGUCUCUGAACCAAUCAGACUCCAGCACUCCGAAGCCCAGAAGGAACCAGAAAGUGUCCAGAAGUCUCGGUGACACGUCAGAGCCGACAGACGGACUGGACUCAGACUUCAGUACGCCUGCCCCGCAGUGUCACCCUCGGACCGCCGCCAACCACCCCAGAGACGAAGACUACAACAAGAUCGAAACGGACUCCUCGUCCAACACCGACCUCCACAGGAUGGCCUCUGCAGCUUUCUCCGGUCCAAGCUUCAGAUCUCAGGAGAGACGGCGGCGUCGAGUGAUGGCGAGGGAGUGGAGGGUCACCAAGACCAUCCUGGCCAUCCUCCUGGCCUUCAUCCUCACCUGGAUGCCGUACAACAUCAUGGCUGUCAUCGCCACCUUCUGUCACGACUGCAUCCCCAUCGAGCUGUGGAUCACCGGAUACUGGCUCUGCUACAUCAACAGCGCCAUCAACCCCGGCUGCUACGCUCUGUGUAACGUCACCUUCAGGAAGACCUUCUGCAGCCUCCUGUGCUGCCGCGGCAGGAAGCUGCACUGAGACUGUCCUGGUGUCCAGCAGGUGGAGGAGGUCUCAGUGUUCCCCAACAGACAAAAGACUCUGAGAUCACUCAGCGAUACUAAAGUUCAGAUUCAGUUUAAAGUCCACAUGAAACAGGAAGCAGAGGCAGAACUUCCAUCACGUUGUUACGCUUAAAAUUACCAAUAAAAACCACCGACGUCCUUUUUUACAUCAACAUUAAACAUCUGGCAGAGUUUGUACUUUCAGAGGAAACAGCUGCAGGUUUAUUUUCAUUCCCUUAACUUCAGACGAUGUUAUAAUAAUGUUACUGUUUGUAUUUCUAUGCUAACAUUACUGUAAACGUGCUUUUAACUCGGGCUGUCGUCCAUGUUUUGGGACACUGUCCACCUGUUAGCGCUGUCACUACUGCUAGCUGCUGUUUCGGACAGGUGUCUGUCAAAGGUUGAGUGCUGCAACCUCUAAACUGUCAUUUUACUGGUUUCCAGCUAGUUUCAUUUCUGAAUACUG